AUGCUUAAGAAAUAUGCACAUAAAGUGUUUGUAGAAAUGCCAAAGAGAGAAAAAAAAAGUGGUGAAACUGUUAAAACUAUGGUGACAGCAUUGAAGCUAAGAGGUUCUUCACCAAAUUCCUCCAGAAUGAGGUGGAAGCAAGCAUUGAGUAUAAUUGUAGGCAUGAAGGUCCAGGCAAUUAUGGAUUUCAAGAAAACGGAUGACAUUAAUUUUACUAGAUUAUUAGGGGUGGAACGUUCCCACAUGGGCAUCUUCACUGAGUUGGGUGUCCUUUACGCCAGAUACCGCUACGAGAUUAUUAGGGCAGCUUCUUCUUGUGAAACCAUAUAUGGUUGCAGUCAGAGCAACAAUGUAUCUUCUGUAAAUGAGGCAUUGAAUGAAAUAUAUCUGGAGGAGGAAGACUAUGAUAGGUUACGUAAGUCUAUUGAUUUUCAUGACAACUUUGACCAGAUUGGCCUUGCGCAGAAGAUUGAGUCAUGGAUGCCAUGUCUGAAAGGACUAAGCCCUUUUUGGUUAAUGGGUUUCAGAAUGAUUUCAUUUUGCUUGAUUUUAGCUGCUUCCAUUGCUGAUGUUGCUACUCAUGGCACCAACUUAUUUAACUAUUAUACCCAGUGGACUUUGAUGUUGACAACAAUCUAUUUUCUGUUUGGAUCGGUGGUAUCUGCUUCCGGAUGUUUCCGGAAUAACAAAAAGAAGAUGUAUAAUGCUCAUAGCAUAAUAGAUACAGAGCAAGGAAUUGGAAUCUAUAUGAGUCUCAAUCAUGCAGGAAAGGAGAAACCAAUAAAUCUUCAAGAGGAAUGUUAUCUCUCACAAACUGUUGCCAUUUGGGGCUACAUUUUUCAAAUUGUAUUUCAGAUUAUUGUUGGAGCAGUGAUGCUGAUUGAUGGUGUUCAUUGGCUUGUAAUCUUCCCAUUUCUUAACAUUUCCGAUUAUGAAAUGAGUUUUUUGACAGUUGUUGUUCAUUCCCUUAAUCUUGUUAUGGUGCUAGGAGACACUGCCAUGAAUAGCUUGCAUUUCCCUUGGUUCAGAAUAUCAUAUUUUAUCAUGUUCACUGUGUUAUAUGUGAUCUUCGAGUGGAUUAUUCAUGCCUUUGUUUCAACAUGGUGGAUAGGCAAGAUGAGGGACUGUUUGAUGAUAUGUUUUCAGCCAGUGGUUGAUGCUUUUGAUCCAAGAUUAUUAGUGGCUCCUACUGUUUCCCAUGUCAUAAAUUUUACUACUGUCAAGGAAGAGGAUUUGUAUGAAAUUGACAUUCCACUAAAAUUCACUGCUUCUGUGGGCACAAGGAUACAUGGUUUAGCAUGUUGGUUUGAUGUUCUAUUCAAUGGAAGUGCAAAGGUGGUUGACAAUUGCCCCUGGUGCACCCACAACUCACUGGUAUCAACUUCGUUGUGUUCUGUCUCAACCAAUUUAUGUUGA